AUGGUGGGCAAAAACAUGAGAAAGAGGAAACCUUCUGGUCAUCAAAAAAAGGCCAGCAAUAAGAAGCGGUUAUCCUUCAUUAGCGAUGACCCAUUUUUGCAAAACAGAGAUUCAAAGCGGAGGAAUAAAUUCGAUGAGAGCGGCCGCAUGCGAAGAGCCAUCGUUUCCAGGGAUAUAUCUGGGGAGGCAUUGUCAUUUGUUGAAGACCUGUGGACUGCUGAUAUUACAAGUAUUAAACCUCCAGAUGAAUCUGUCUGCCUUAAGCUUCUAGUUCUAACAUUUACAAGAACUGAAAAUGACCGUGUCAUAUGCUUUCGAACUUCAUAUUUCUAUUGGGAAACAAAGUUUAGUUGGAAAGUUGAAAAGGUUCGUGAAAUCAGAAAAGCUUGUCAAAGUGAAGAAAUCCUACAAGAUCUCCCCUUCAGAGAAAGUGAAAAAGCCUGCAAAUUCAAUCGAAAAAAAACCCAGAAGAUGAAACCAGUCAGGAAUGUGACAACAAAAACUACUGGUUCUAGCAGAGAGGAGGCAAAAAAGGACAACGAAAAUGCGAAGAAGACGAAGAGGCUGGCCCAGGUUAAAACUCCAGAGGAUUCGAAGAAGAAUUAA